AUGCUUUCACGAGGGUUAAGACUGCAGCUACGAGUAGGCGGAACAUUCUUUGCGAAAGAUAUUUCCUCUAGUCGUCAAACUUUCCAGUCGUUGUCGUCACGCUAUUCAUCAUCAUCAUCGAAACAGACAAAGUCUAGCAAAUCAUGGUUUGGGAGACUUGUUGAGACGACUCAAUCGCGUCGUUUUCAAGAUAAGACAAUGCCCAAGAUUUACCUUACUGCUAUUGUUGUUGCCUUUGUCCCCAUGUAUUUCUACAUGCGGGAUAGAUACCAUGAGGAUAAGCAGCUCAAGGUGAUUCAUGCCAAGUAUGCUGAAGAUCCAUCCUCGCUUAGCGAAUACGAGUAUCUUGCAAUGAAGUCAUUGAGCCAAAAUUCUCAGGAUAAGUUGAGGCCAUUGGAAGCGAAAAAGUACAAGAUUUAUCAGUUGAUGAGGAAGGAGUUUAGAAGAAAAAAUUUGUUUAAUGGUGAAAUGUUCAAUCCGAGUCCCGAAGAAUUGGAAGAGUGGUACCUGAAGCAAGCUAGAUUUGGAAGCAAAAAGGUUAAGGCGCCAGUUUUGAGCAAGAAUAUUACUGAUGAAGAGAACCAGUACAAGAUUAAUGAGGAAAACUCGGCAAUUGUCAAAGCUGAAGACACAACUGAUUUUUACGACUCUAAGGCUAAAGAGUAUGAUGAUGCUGUGAAAUGGGAAGAAAGAGGGAUAUUUAUGGGUGGUAAGAGGCGAUGGCUUAUGUCCAAUAUCCAUGGCGAUGUUUUAGAAGUUGCUUGUGGAACGGGUAGGAAUAUUCCUUACAUGUCCUACUUUUUGGACAAGGUCAAUACUUAUACAUUUCUUGAUUCUGCGCAAAACAUGGUUGAAAUUGCUCAGGAGAAAUUCACGCAAAAGUUUCCCAAUUUCAAAAAGGUUGCAUUCACCAAGGGUAAAGCAGAGGAUUUGCUUCAAAUGGCUGGUGAUGAUGACAAUUUGAAAUAUGACACUAUUGUUGAGGCUUUUGGACUUUGCUGUCAUGAGGAUCCUGUAAAGGUACUUCAAAACAUGUCCAAAUUGUUGAAACCAGGCGGAAGAAUUGUUUUGCUUGAGCACGGUCGUUCCAAAUGGCAGUUUAUGAAUAAUCAUUUGGACUUUAGGUCUGCCAAGAGAUGGGAUACAUGGAAGUGUAGAUGGAAUUUGGAUAUAGGAGAGUUGGUGGAUGCCGCUGGUUUGGAUAUUGUUAAGGAGAAGAGAGCGCAUUUGAGUACUACAUGGAUGUUGGUAUUGAAACGUCCUGAGGAUCCAAUCACUCAGGAUGAAAAGCCAUUUUUGGACAAGUUGUUUGGAAAAAAGACUCAACCUCCUACCAUUGCAAAAUAA